AUGUGGAGCAGUGUACAGUGAAGCGGAGGCAGAGCGGCUCCGCGAGCUCCUCUCUCUCCACUUUCCCAUAGAGAACCCCUGACUGGCCGCUGAGGGCGAGCCACACACACGCCCUCGCGCCCGGCGAGCCCGCGAGGCAGCGCCGCCCGAGAGGGGCACGGGAGCCGCGGCGCGGGCAGGAGCAGCCUGAGGAAAACAACAACAGAGCCCUCACGCCGGCGGGCGGCUCUUGGCCGCCUGGGGAGCCCCAAACUUCAUCUCGGCGAAAGUCACUAUCAUAUGACAAAGGCUUUGCUGCAGUUCAUCUUCCUCCCUGUGUACUUUCCAUUUGCCUUCCUGGAAUGAAAAUAGAGAAAAGCUUCAAAGCGAGAAGAGUACUAUGCACAUUUCUAUUUCUGCUGAAAUGACUAUAGUGACAACUACCGAAACAGGGACAGCCCCAAGAGAAGCAGAUCUGUUGGCUGGACUUCUGAAGAGAAGAAUGGCGUAAGAAUUCUGCUGCAUCACAGAAGCUGGAAGUUCUGAUGUUCCAUUGAAAUCACAAUGGAAAGUCUUGACUUGACCGGUCACAGUAAUGAAAGGCAGUAAUAGAAAUAAAGAUCAUUCCGCAGAAGGAGAAGGGGCUGGAAAACGACCAAAACGAAAGUGUCUUCAGUGGCAUCCAUUGCUAGCAAAGAAACUUCUUGACUUUUCAGAAGAGGAAGAAGAGGAAGACGAAGAGGAGGAUAUUGAUAAGGUUCAACUUCUUGGGGCCGAUGGUCUAGAGCAAGAUGUCGGUGAAACUGAAGAUGAUGAAUCACCAGAACAGCGAGCCCGGAGACCAAUGAAUGCAUUUCUCUUAUUUUGCAAACGUCAUCGCUCCCUUGUACGUCAGGAACACCCCAGGCUUGAUAACCGAGGUGCUACCAAGAUACUAGCUGAUUGGUGGGCUGUUCUCGAUCCAAAGGAAAAGCAGAAAUACACAGACAUGGCCAAGGAGUAUAAAGAUGCAUUUAUGAAAGCAAAUCCUGGCUACAAAUGGUGUCCUACCACAAACAAGCCUGUGAAAUCCCCAACAUCCACUGUCAAUCCACGGAAGAAACUGUGGGCCUUCCCAUCUGACUCUUCAAGAGACUUGUCAAGCCCCAAGAAAGCAAAGACUGAAGAAAUGCCUCAGCUGAACUUUGGGAUGGCUGAUCCUACUCAAAUGGGAGGCCUGAGCAUGCUGCUUUUAGCUGGAGAACAUGCUCUUGGUACACCCGAGAUAUCCUCUGGCACCUGCAGGCCUGAUGUUUCAGAAUCCUCUGAAUUGCGUCAGAAGUCACCAUUAUUUCAGUUUGCCGAGAUAUCUUCAGGUACCUCCCACCCUGAUGUUCCUUCAAAACAAUGUCAAGCAUCAGCCUUGUUUCAGUUUGCAGAGAUUUCUUCGAACACUUCACAGUUGGGCAGUGCUGAACCUGUAAAACGCUGUGGGAAGUCUGCACUCUUUCAACUGGCAGAGAUGUGCCUGGCAUCAGAGGGGGUGAAAAUGGAAGAAUCAAAGCUGAUAAAAGCAAAAGAAUCAGAUGGCGGAAGAAUCAAAGAAUUGGAGAAGGGCAAGGAAGAAAGAGAAAUAAAAAUGGAGAAAAUAGAUGAAGCCAGGUUACAGAAAGAAGCAGAAUUUGAAAAAUCAGCUAAGGAAAAUGUAAGAGAUUCUAAGGAAUUAAGAAAUUUUGAGGAGCUGCGAAUGGAUGAUAUAAUGGGUAUAAAAAUGGAAGCUCCCAAAGAAAUUAAAAAGGAAGAAUUAGAGGAAGAUCAAAAGUGUAGUCACUUCCCUGAUUUUUCUUACUCUGCCAGUAGCAAGAUCAUAAUAAGCGAUGUUCCCAGUAGAAAGGAUCACAUGUGCCAUCCUCAUGGAAUUAUGAUCAUUGAGGAUCCCACAGCAUUAAGCAAACCAGAAAAGCUAAAAAAGAAAAAGAAGAAAAACAAAAUGGAUCGACAUGGAAAUGAUAAAUCCACACCCAAGAAGACUUGCAAAAAGAGGCAGUCCUCGGAAUCUGAUAUCGAGAGUGUCAUGUACACCAUUGAAGCUGUUGCAAAGGGAGACUGGGGCAUCGAGAAGCUUGGAGAAACCCCUCGCAAGAAGGUCCGCACGUCCUCAAGUGGCAAGGGAAGCAUUUUGGAUGCCAAGCCACCAAAGAAGAAAGUGAAAUCAAGAGAGAAGAAAAUGUCAAAGGAGAAAUCCUCAGACACCACCAAAGAGUCAAGACCUCAAGAUUUUAUCAGUAUUUCUGCCAGCAAGAACAUUUCUGGUGAGGUGCCAGAGGGUAUAAAAGCAGAACCAUUGACCCCUACGGAGGAUGCAUUACCACCCAGCCUAUCGGGACAGGCCAAGCCUGAGGACAGUGACUGUCACAGAAAAAUAGAGACUUGUGGCUCCCGGAAAUCCGAGAGGUCUUGCAAAGGUGCUCUUUAUAAAACCCUGGUGUCUGAGGGUAUGCUCACCUCUCUGCGAGCUAAUGUUGACAGAGGGAAACGAAGCUCAGGAAAAGGAAACUCCUCUGAUCACGAAGGGUGUUGGAAUGAAGAAAGCUGGACAUUUAACCAGAGUGGGACCAGUGGAAGCAAGAAGUUCAAGAAGACAAAGCCAAAGGAAGACUCUCUCCUUGGCUCAGCAAAGCUGGAUGAAGAAUUUGAAAAGAAAUUCAACAGCCUCCCUCAGUAUAGUCCUGUUACAUUUGACCGGAAAUGUGUACCUGUCCCAAGAAAAAAGAAGAAGACUGGAAAUAUGUCCUCAGAACCGACUAAAACCAGCAAAGGUCCUUUCCAGUCUCAGAAAAAGAACUUAUUCCACAAAAUUGUCAGCAAAUAUAAGCACAAAAAGGAGAAGCCUAAUGUUCCGGAAAAAGGAAGUGGGGAUAAAUGGUCAAACAAGCAACUCUUCUUGGAUGCCAUUCACCCUACAGAAGCCAUAUUUUCAGAAGACAAAAACACCACAGAGCCUGCUUAUAAGGUUAAAAAUGCCCCAUCCAUUCCCAGCACUCCAGAGCCAACAACAACGCAAGAACCCUUGGUGGGCAGUCAAAAGAGAAAAGCAAGGAAAACCAAGAUCACACACCUUGUCAGGACGGCAGAUGGCCGGGUAUCACCAGCAGGAGGUACUUUGGAUGACAAACCAAAGGAACAACUGCAGAGGAGUCUUGCUAAGGUGACCGAGACGGGCUGCAAUGACGAAUGCUCACACAACCGGGAGGCCACGGAGACGCGGAGCAGCACCCCGGAGAUGCCAGCCGUGUCUGCGUUCUUCAGCCUCGCUGCGCUGGCCGAAGUGGCCGCCAUGGAAAAUGUGCACAGAGGUCAGAGAUCAACUCCGCUCACCCAUGAUGGACAGCCAAAAGAAAUGCCACAGGCUCCUGUACUUAUUUCUUGCGCUGACCAGUGAAGCGCCCUUUAAUUGUAAAACAUUGUGCUUUACCUACUACCCUAGCCUUGUCUUUACUGAGAGAUGCUAGUGAGUCCAUGUGGUGGAAAAUAUAGACUGCAAACAAGUGCUUGUUGCCCUACACGGCCCAGAUUCACUUGAAGCAGAAGUUGGCACCCUGGGCCAGUUUGUUCUUUCAGAACCCAGAGUCUUUGAGGGUGAUGUUAUCUGUCUGAUAAUGAGCAGAAACGGGAUGAUCCUAGAGCUUUGCUUUCUAUUGAAGGCUUUUGAUGGUAAUAGGUGGUAACUUGGUAAAAGGCUGCCUUUACUGUAGCUCAUCCAGCAUCUCUUUUACCAACCAGAGAGUGUGAAACUAGUUUCGUAUAUUACCUAGUUAUUCUUUCAAAACAAAAACAAAAAACAAAAAAAACAAAAACUGACACACUGCACUAGUUAUUAUUAGAUAUUCUUAGUCUUUUUUGUACAUGGAGAUUUAUGUUCUAAGAUGGUUUAUAUAAUAGGUUAUACCUACAUUUAUAUUGUAGAAUAAUAUUAAAAAGCCUGUUCCAGAGACUCCCAGACAGCACGGGCAGGCAGAUGUACCAUUGUUAGCGGUGUAUGCUCGGCCUUGUGGUCCAUAUAUUCUGCACUUUUAUAUUUGCCACCAGAGUGGUAGUUUGCUGGCAAAAAGAGAAAGAGAGAGAAGAAGAAAAAUUACAGUUCUUACAAGCAGAAUUUUUUUCUUAGCCUUGAGUGACCAAGAAGAAUUUGCUUGGGUCAAAUUGUGGCGAAUAUUUUCCCAGACAGGGGAAGAGUCCAGCAGAUUACAGAUUACUGAUGUUUUCAUGCCUUGAGGAUUCUUUUAUUUUUACACAAGGGUCUGAGUGACCAAUGGAUCGUUCAUACAGACAAAAAAAGAAAAAUAUUAUUCAGAAGUGACCUUAGUAUUACUUCACUAUUCAGAACACAUUGAAGACACACCCACUUCAUGUGGACUUUGAGCUACAGACCUUUUACAUCCAUCCCAGACAGACUGGACGGGUAGCAAUUGCUAUGCACAGCCUAAUUGGCACUGCAGGUUUUUAGAGCCAUUUUGAGUUUUUGUGGUUACGGAGGUAUUGAUGAGGGAGGUGUGCCUGACCAGAGUGGGACUCGCAGUUAUAGAUCCAACCUGCAAGUUUCCUGUUUCCUUUUCAUGUUUUGUUGCUUUUGAACAUAAAACCAACCAUACAUAUGCCAGUGCAAGUGGAUUAACUGGCUUAGAACAUUCAACAUAUUGACUCCACCACCUGACGUUCACAGUAUCUUGUUUCUUAGCAACAGAUGCAAAGUGAUAAAUCAAAAUUAGUCGGCGGCUACAGAUUUUACAGGGUAUUUGUUCCAUAGCACAAAGUAUUUCCCCACUCUUGCAUCACAGCACAAACUACCAAAUUUUAAUUAUUGGAUUCCAGCAAUAAUUUUUACUGGUUUUCAAACUGGCGGAAUUUUGAUAGUGUUAGUUCAAGUUUGAAACUUUUGAAUUAGAUCUCUAAAUGGUGACAGUUUACAAGGUUUUAUCUAGCUUUCUUAUUUAUACUUGACUGAAUUGUAAUGAUGAUUUUUUUUCUAAUCGUAAUUUGACCUAAUAGCCAUACAAAAAAAUGACUCUAUUAGUACUGACUAGGUUUAGCUUUUCACGGUUGUAGAUAUUACUUCAGUUUCGGUGCUGGAAAAUAUGUACAACAUACUAACAGAAUUGAAAAAGAACAGAGAGAUUUGGGCGUUUUUUUUUCAAAGCAGGUAAAGAGGGCAUCAGGGCAUUGGAAUGGUGUCCUCAAAAAUGCAUAUUCCUUGUGGGCAUGGAGGAAGAAGGAAUUAGUAAGCAAGGUUAAUCAGAGGCAGAAGCUUAACCCCAUUCACACAGAAAUAAAUCAGGUGAGCAACCCCAGAUUUUAGCAUGAGAUUUUUACUAUGAUGCUGUUGUAUUAAUAUUUUCUAAAUUUCGAAACACAAAUUGAAUGUUUGAAAAUUGCUGGGUCCCAGUGUUGGUGGCUGUUGGAGUUUCUGGACCACUUGCUAGCAGUGAUUUAAAAAUUAUAAUUAGCUAAAAUCCAAAAAAAAAAAAAGAAUCAACAACAAAAAUUGUUU